AUGUCCGCUGUUCGUGUGAUUACAGAGCAAUUGAGCUCGUCCUUUGGUGACCCUGUAUACUGUCACUUGACAGUACCUGCAGAAGGAGCUUCUGAGAAAGCUCAAAUCACACUCUAUGUCUCCGGCUCACAAGCUGGCCCUGGUCAGCUGGGCAGUCUAGUCUAUGCUCUACCAGCCUAUGGUCUUGAUAACAAGCAAACAAUUCGGAUGUCUCGUCUGUUUCAGUCUGAAUCAUCAAUUGAGAAUGCAGAACGAUUAGCACAAGCCUUAGUUAAGAAGUUCGGCAGACCAGCUUUGGUUGGUUCAUCGCUAGGAAGCUCUGAUGGCACAGGAGAUGCCUUCACAAUCUUGAAGUUUGUGGGCCAAAAUAUUGAACGAGUAGCGUAG